AUGGAAACCAAAUCACCUACAAAUAUAACUACGAAUACAGAUACAAAUCUUCCCUCAACACAAACAGCGCAUUCUGAUUUUUCAAUGGUGGUAGAGAAUCACAAUCACAAUCCUCAUACGGGUACUGAAACCGAAAUCGAAACCGAAAGUCGCAAUGGAGUAAAUACAAGCCAUUCGGAAAUCAAUGCUCACCCCCCUCCUCCUUCCUACAAUGCUCACGCCGAUCAGCAUUCGAGUGAGAAGAGGACGGUGGAGGAUAAUCAUCAUGGAAGUCAUGAGAAUAAUAGUAGUGAAACUCCUCCGCAAUUUCAGAUCCAUCCGGAAGUUAUGAAUGGGAAUGGAAAUGCGAAUGGGAAUACGAGUGUGAAUGGGGGAGGAAAAUAUGAAGGUCAAUCUCCGGCGCCUCUCACGUCGCUGCAGAAGGAAUCGAGAUUGGUGAGGUGUCCGAGGUGUAGGAUGUGUGAGUAUACGGCGGUGGAGUGGGUUAGUGGGGGGACUGCGGAUAUCUCAGCACUCCUCUGCUGUCUCUGUUUUUGUCUCCCGUGCGUACCGUAUCUCAUGACGAGCUUUAAGGAUGUACAUCAUAAAUGUGCGAAUUGUGGAUUUUUGGUUGCGGUUUGGAAAAGAAGUGGAAAGACGGAGGUGAGUGUUGCGGCUAGUGCCGCGGCUGCUUCUGGAAAUGCGGGUGGUGUGGGCAGUGCUGGAGGGAAGUAG